AUGGCCGACCUUCCACAGCUUCCAGCUCCCCACGCGGAGCUGGCCAGGUACAUCUCAGAGCACCCAGACAAAUCGAUGGCCGAAAUCAUGGACCCCUAUCGAAGCUAUGAGGCCACUCUACGUUCCGUCUACGCCCAGGACCGUCAGAACCCGAUCCUGAACAACCCUCACCUCAAUGUCCUCCCUCUCUUCACCGAGGACACCAAACUCAUCACUACUCGUGCUAGAGACCUCGAGGCCGAGUCCGACGAAGAAAAGUCUCGGUAUAUCAUGGCUCUCCCAGACGACAAACGUCGCCCUCACGGCUCUCCUGCGACUGUGGCCAAUCUCGCCGAGUACCAACACAACUUCAAUGUCUUUUCUGAAUCUUCCCUUGUUGACAUGGACUGGAACAAUGUUGUCGCCGCUGGUUCCUCCGUCGUCAACUGUCUCCUACCCGUCCCCAAGCUAUUCAACACGACUAAGCGUAAGCUGCGCGAGUACUAUCAUGAGAAGUUCUGCCCAGCAUCUGAUGUUGAUCUCUUCCUUUACGGGCUUAACCACGAACAAGCCAUUGAAAAGAUCAAGCAGAUCGAGAAAGCCAUCCGGGAUGCACUCCUCAACGAGGUUACGGUGGUGAGGACCAAGUAUGCCAUCACAAUUGCCAGCCAGUACCCCGUUAGACAUGUACAGAUCGUCUUGCGCGUUUAUAAGUCUGUCAGCGAGAUCCUUACAGGUUUCGACAUUGAUGCUGCUGGCGGAGCCUAUGACGGCAAGCAAGUUUAUGUCACUCCCAGAGCACUGGGCAGCUUCAUUACCCAGAUAAACCACGUCGACCUCACUCGACGCAGUCCUUCCUACGAGAAUCGUCUUUCCAAGUAUUCUCACCGGAACUUUGAGGUCUAUUGGCCCGAUCUGGAUCGCUCUCGCGUUGACCCCACCAUUUUUGAGAGGAGCUUUCAGAGGACCCUUGGGCUGGCUCGCCUCCUCGUCCUCGAGAGACUUCCCACCACAUCUGCUCGAGAAACGUAUCUUAACAAGAGGCGAGAGGAACGUGGCCGACCUACUGUAUUCCGAAAUAACAAUACUCUCCACGGAAACAUCAAGGACUACCACGAAGAUGAGAUUGCUGAUUGGCUCUCGGAGGAGGACAUCAGCAACUACCAUACCUUUACCGUUCCCUACGGACAGCAUUUCAAUGCCAAGCGUAUCGAGAAGCUUUGCUAUACACGCGAUCUCCUUCUCAACGCAGAGUGGAAUCAGCCCUCUGAACGAGACGUUUACUUGCAUCGCCAUCCGGCGUUCUUUGGCCGCGUUGAAGAUGUUAUCGAGGACUGCUGUGGCUCUUGCCCAGCAGCUGUCACUCCAGAAGAGGUCGAGGUGGCGGAGAAGGAGGCUGAGAUUUAUAUCUCGGGCAAGGUAUCCUUCCUCAUUGACGACCCUGGCAGGCAGCAGAUUGGUUCCUUCAACCCCUUAACGGAGAAAGAUUGGACUGAUAUGGCAUAUGUUGGAAACACUGCUAGACUUUGUCAGUCAAUCGUUGAUGGUGACGUUGAUGACGUCCUCAACUGGCUCAGUCAGGAAGGCUCUGAUCCCAACCAGCGAGACUACACAGGACGAUCGCCGCUGCACCUGGCCGUCAUGACUUCUAUCCCGGAGGUCGUCAAGUGUCUUGUAGACCACGGGUCACGGAUCACUGCCCGCCUGGCUGACGGAAAGACAGCACUGCAUCUCGCUGCCUCAAGGGGCAACACGGACAUCAUCAAGACAUUGAUGGAGAAGAGUAUCGCGAAUGAAGAGGCCGAAGAAGAACGACAGGACAGGCGUCGCCAGGCAUCCAAGGCCGCAAGUCAAGACAAGAAAGAAAGCGACCAAAAGGAAGAGGCUCUGGACUCUGAUGAUACUAUGUCUGACGAGGAGUCUGACGGUGAACUCGUUGAUGAGGAGAUGACUGACGUCGACACCGCCUCCAUGGCUACGGGGUCGUUUGUCAAGGUCAAGAAGGGAGAAGACCAAAACGACGACCUCGUCCCAGAUGAAUCCGAGGACGAGCCGGACUACUACCAGAUCGAUGUCUUGGCAUGGGACGUUCCUUGUUCACCACUCCACCUUGCUAUCGCUGAGGGUCAUGAGGAUGCUGUCAAGCUUCUGUGCGAUUACGGAGCCGAUUCCAUCCUUCCGGUCAAGUUUCUCAACAACCAGUCAUCGGACACAGGCGCAAUCUUGACGCUGACAUUGGCGCUUUCACUCCCGCAGGAAAAGGCAAAGUCAAUGGCUCUGCUUCUCCUGAAACUUGGUGCCACCUCCUCCCAGGGCGACUCCAACGGCUGCACUGCCUUCCAUAGAUACGUUGCGAGUGGGAAAUUGGACCUUAUUGACACUCUCUGGGACAACGACAAGACAGGCGUGAAAACAGCCAUCAACCACAUGGUAUUCGGUGGAGGGUACUGGAACCCAGAGACCCUCGCACCCAUUCACAGCGCAGUCGAGCAUGGCGACCCUAUUCUUAUCAUGAAGUUGCUGAAUGGCGGCGCGGGAAGUCAGAUUGACUUUGAAACGUGGCUGAAGGCUGCCAAGGUCUCGCCAACACAAGCCAGCCAUAUGGGAACUCUGGAGCAAAACGAAAGAAAGUACAAAGAGUCACUUGAACAGCCAUUGAUUACUGCCAUUCGAUCUGGCAGCACUGAGGUGGCAAUCAAGCUUCUUGAACACGGUGCUGAUCCAAACUGUCUCACUGGAAAGACCGAACGGUUGAUCUACAAUGAGUAUCAGCGCUCGUGGAACAAAGGAGAGUCAGCAUUGGACAUGGUCAAGUUCUCGAUCAAGAAACUACGUGAGUAUACAGGAGAGAAAAGCGGAGUCCAAAAGCCUGUGGAGAAGUUGGAUAUCGAUUCCUACUUGGAGAAAUUCACCAUGGGAUCCUAUUCUCACUGUGUUAUUUCGCAUGACAUCGACACCACGAAAAAGACUUUCAAGAAGCAAACAGAAUCCUACGAGAAGGAGACAAAACGAAUUGGGGAACUUGCGGGCGCCACAGACAAGACAGAGGCUAUCAAUGACGCCCUGAAGGGUUUUGAGUCUCUGGAGGAGGCUAUUGUCAGCCGAGGAGGGAAGAUCUUUGCUGAUCUUCGUCCCGACAUCAAGACUGAGGAGCGGGGCUCCACGAACCUUAGCACGUUCGAAAAGUCUACCCCCAAGCCAUAUGAGUACAUCUUCUCGUUUAGAAACGAUAGUGAGAUGACGGUGGCAAGGAGAGAUGGCUAUGUUGAGUUAAUGGAAGCAGCUUGGGAUGGAGAUAUCGAGAAAAUCAAGGGUCUGUCCCUCCAAGCCUGGGGACCUGAUCAGGACCAGCCACCACUAAAGCUUGCGGUAUCUGAUAACGUUUGGAACACUCCAUUCUCGCUCGCAUUCAGCCGCGGACAUUUCGAGACAGCUCGGGCAAUUCUCGAGAUUGUCAAGGCCCAGUGGUCCCCACCAGACAAGGAGAAGGUUCGAUUCAAGAUGGAGACACGCGAUGAAGAGGACGAGGAGUACUCUGACGAAGACUCUGAUGAUCUCGGAUCAGAGGACAGCGAGCCACGCAUUGUUUCGGAAAAGGUGGACCAGAAGUUCACAAUUGACAACAUUGGACAAGUCUCGAUGCAAGUUAAAUCUCAAACUAAGCCCCUCCAGGUUCUCUCCGAGGCCGUCCCGACACUCGAAAGCAAGCAUGGAAAACUGGUCUACAAAGGCUUAAGGCAAAGUCUAUUCAUCCACGUCAUGGCCAAGGAUGAUACACCCGGACUGAAGGCCCUCUUGGAUAUGGCCCAGCACUACUCGGGUCAGAAGUUUGAGGGUGAUGAUGAUGAGAGUGACGAGCCAUCGUCUGGGAGCUUCACAUUUUCCCAGAAUGACUUCCGUUGGGCCGUUGAAAAUGGAAAGACUCAUCAACUUGCCUUGAUCAUAAAGCGCACAGGUGCCGGCAUCCCACUGGAUCAUCUUGUCAAGAAGAGUGGCGUUGAGAUGAAGCGGAAGCCGCGAUUCUACCAAGGGCUGACCGUCUAUGGAAAGAAACGAAAUGAUUGGGCUACCGCUGGUCGGAACAUGGUUGUCAAGACCACAGGCCUCAAGACGCCGCCGUUGCUCCAUGCUGCCCUUGGUGGAAGCCUCGAGAGUGUGGAGUUUUUCCUCGGAGAUGCCCCCCACAGACUAUACGGCGAAUUUGGUAAAUCCAAGGCGGCCCGAGAGGACUCCAGACUCAAGCAUCUCAAAGAGAGUCCAGGUGGUUUCGACCGAGCUAUCUCAAAGUGGCUUGGGGCUGACAAUGAUCUUGUGAUUCACUGUGCGGUUUUGGCUACGCCCAGCGAUGCUACAAACGAGUUGCUUGAAUACCUCGUCGAAGCUUGCCCUGGAUCACUCGAAAAGAAGAACUCGCAAGGUGACUCGCCUUUGAUGGUCGCCUGCCGACUUGGUCGGGUUGAUUUCGUCAAGAUUUUGGUAGCAGCAAAUGCCGACCAGUCGACCCGUAAUGUGAAGGGUGAGAACAUCCUGCAUGCGGCGGUUUCAAGGAACCCCAAAGCCCACCAACUGCGUGGCCUGCUUGACGUUUUAGAUGCUGGCCUGCGAAGUCACUUAUUCUUGCAACGAAAGAAUCUCCAUGAGAACGGUAACAGCCCUCUCCAUACUUGGGUCUCACAAGCCUCAGGGGUCCAGCCAGAGAACCUCAACCGAUAUCGAUACGGCUCUUACUAUAACAGCUACUCCAGCAAGCCGUACGGGAAGGAGGAGGAUGCAGUUCAGAUGCUCCAGCUGUUGCUUGAAUACUCGAAGGGCGAGGAGCUGGAGAUGCUGAAUGGUGCAGGAGAGACGUGCUUACACACGGCUAUUAUGCACAACAUGCUCUCGCUGGUGCACGUCCUGGUUACCUUUAAGCCUAGUCUGCUCUAUCGGGAGAAUGCGGUCGGCCGCACCCCCGCGGAGCUCGCACACGACCGAUUCACUGGAGUAAGGUUCGCGAAGCCAGAGGACAUGAAGCUGGACAAGAACGACACGGUUGUUUCACUGGUAAACAAGAAGCCGGAGGAGUUCGCCAACAAGGCCAGCCUGCAGGUUCAGACACCUGAGCAGACAAGGGAGCUGCUGGCUAGUUUGGAUCUGAGCGGAACCUACGGCACACAUGAGAUUUCCAAGAUCUUGCGCUCGAUGGGCGUUGGAAAAGAUGGCCACGGCGACAAGCUGAGCGAUGAAGCUAUCAAGCCGGUCAUGUGGGAUCUCUGCCUGACUACGAUGGAGAAGUAUCCCGGCAAGCGCCGGCUGGUGAGCCUGAUUGAGGCCAAUGACGUGGCUAAGAGACUAGGCGAGAAGUACUCGGCCUCUCGAUACUUCAGCGUCCAGGUUCGAGAAGAGGACAACCAAGACGAGGCGGAUAAAGAGGAUAAGGAAGACAAGCCGACAACAGACUUUGCCACGGACCAAUUGACGGCCAGAUUGAAUGAUGCGUGGAAACAGAAGGAUGGCAAGGAUGACGGGUCAGACAAUGAGUCGAAAAGUGGAAACUAUUGCUCGGAUUGUGGAGAGUAUCACUGA